AUGAUGCACAAGCAUUGCUUCGAGGCACUAGAUAGGACAUUGCGUGAUCUACUGCGGUUCACUGAUAGUAAUGCUGGAAACCGGACGUUUGGAGGCAAAACAGUAGUACUUGGUGGUGACUUUAGACAAAUUCUGCCAGUGAUCCCUAAAGGUACAAGGCAAGACAUUGUUUUAGCUUCAAUCAACUCUUCGUACCUUUGGGAUUCAUGUCAAGUGCUAAGGUUAACAAAGAAUCUUAAACUUUCAAACAAAGAAUCAACAGUUGAUCUCAAAACAGUUCAAGAAUUUGCAUCCUGGCUAGCUGCUAUAGGAGAUGACACAAUGGGAGGACCUAAUGAUGGUUAUUCGAACGUUCUCAUCCCUGAUGAAAUGUUGUUGCCAGCUAAUGGUAAUGACAUAGCCACAAUUGUUGAGAGUACAUUUCCGGGGUUCAAGGAAGGAGGUUGCCAGCUAAAAUACAUAUCAAAUAGGGCAAUUUUGGCACCCACACUAGACGUUGUCAAUGCAAUCAAUGAGUAUAUGACUGAUUUGCAUGUGGCGGAUAGCAAGACAUAUCUAAGCUGCGAUACUGUGUGUAAAUCUGAUGCUGGCAAUGGUAUCCUCGCUGAUAUGCACACUCUUGAGUUCCUCAAUGGCUUGAAAGCGUCCGACAUACCUAACCAUUCUUUAACUUUAAAGGUUGGAUCUCCGGUUAUGUUGUUGAGAAACAUAGAUCACUCAAUGGGUCUAUGUAAUGGUACAAGACUUAUCAUCACCAGAUUAUCUGAUCAUGUUGUGGAGGCAAAGAUUGUUUCAGGAAAUAAUGCAGGUCAAAUUGUCUUGAUACCAAGGAUGUCAAUGACCCCAACUGAUACAAGAUUACCUUUUAAAUUUCAAAGAAGACAAUUCCCGUUGAUGCUAUCAUACGCAAUGACUAUCAACAAAAGUCAAGGGCAAACUUUGACACACGUUGGUUUACUAUUAAGGAAACCGGUCUUUGUUCAUGGUCAACUAUACGUGGCGGCUUCAAGGAUUAGCAACCCUAAAGGUCUACGUUUGUUGAUAGCAAACGAAGAUAGUGAAAUUGUCCCUAUCAGCAGCCUUUCCUUGAGAUGA